UGCAUAAGUUAUACUAGUAUGGAUGGCAGAAAUACGUAUUAUAACUUUGAGGGUAAAAUAGUUGGAGGCCAUUCAGUUCCCAUAGAGAAGUUUCCGUUCGCCGUGCAGGUGUUUAACUAUGGGGCCCUCUGCGGAGGCACUGUCCUGUCCAGUUGGGCUAUCUUGACCGCUGCUCACUGCUUCACCAACAAUAAAAACGUAAAGGAUAUGCAUGUGCGUUUCGGUGCUAAGUAUAUAUAUGACAUGAGUGCUGAUUCGUAUAAAAUAUGGUAUAUUGUCUUGCAUGAAGAUUACGAUAAGGAAGCUCCUUUUGCCUGUGAUAUCGCAUUGAUAUUUACAAGACGGCCGAUCAGAUUCAAUAAGAAAAUACAAAGAGCUAUGAUCGUGCAAUCAAACAAGUGGAUGAAUGAAAGAGAAAGGAAUUUUAAGGCAACAGGUUGGGGAUUCACGUCGUACGGUGGUUCGAUGUCCAAUUCGGGGUUGAUGGAGACCCACCUACGCUUUGUGUCAUUAAAGAACUGUAGACGGAAGCACCACGGCACUCGGUUGACCGAAGACAUGUUCUGCUUGGACGGUGACGGCAAACGGGACACUUGUCAGGGAGACUCUGGAGGAGCCAUUUUAUGGAAUAGGCAGGUGGUGGGGCUGGUUUCGCAUGGCGACGGUUGCGCAAGAAAGGACAAGCCAGGCAUAUACACGAAUGUUUAUUACUUCAUUCCUUGGAUGAAAAUGAAAAUUAAGGAAGCUCACAGAAAAUACUGUAUAUAUAAAAUGAAGUAGGUAAUAAAAACAUAGGUAAA